AUGAAGCGGCCAACCCCACUUCCAGCACCAAUUCAGUGCCUGGAAAAGUAUGGCUUAAGAAGUCUGUUGUCGACGCUUCUGAAUCCCGUUCAUCAAAGUAUCACGAAGAUUUGCCUCAAGAUCACCUACAGAUUUGCGCCGAGACUAGCCAGUCUAAUCUCCACACUGUGUUAUGCUGAUGAACUCCAAUGGCCGCUGGGCCGACUCGAGGAUCCUGCAUUCGCCGCCGCCUUGCCGAAUAUGUCCGCCUACGCGCUAGUCGGCUUCUUACAUGUGAAUGGAGUCGAAAGGAAUGUCGGAACAUUGUGGAGCAACACCAAUCAAAUAUUGGUGGCGGUGGAGUUGGCCGAGCUGAUGUUCAUGGAGAUGGAAAACUUCAGAAGAAGCAACAAAUCAAUGAUGGUGCUGAUGCCUUACCAGGCGGCACUGAGAGAAACGCAGCCGCUGCUUCGAGAACUACAGGAGAAGUACCAUCGUGCCAAAAUCAUCAGUGGAACGGUGGAUCAACUUCCAGUCCGAGAGGCGGCGGAUUACGCCGUCUACGUCACCAUCAAGAAACUGCCAGGAAAGGCGGGCCCAUCAUUCGCUACGCUGGGUCAGCGUGUGACCGUUGCAUUGACAAGAGGCCGCGACGGCCUUUAUAUCAUCGGCUGCAGGCCUUACAUUAACGCCGGCUCCUAUGAGAUGGCCCAACUUCUGGACUUAAAUGAACUCUAA